GCGGCCAUACUUGGCUUGUUUGUGGCGUUUGUCCGAAUAUUAGGAGUAAAGAAUAUUAACGUUGUUAUUGUACGAUGGCGCCAAGAAAAAAGACCACCAAAGAAGCGAAGGCAGGAAAACUACCAGCCAGAGAGAAAACCCCAUCAUAUACAUUGUCGCAAGAAGUAAAAAGGAAUGAUCGAAAGGACGAAUACCGCUCACUCCGAACAACGGAUGAGCUUCGCAAUGUAAUGGGCGCAGAAUCGGACGAUUCCCUCAGCAAUAGUGAAAAUGAAUCCUUCCGCAACAAUACAACCCAAUCGCGACCGAACUUUUCCUUCCUGCCGUCGCACAAACACUCUAGCCCGAAUAAACACUACAGCCCGAAACGGACCAACGUUGCAGCAUCAGCUCAUCGGCUCGCCAGUAUGCCCACCGAGCCCAACACUGAUCACGAGGAAACUGCUUCUACAACUGCCUCCAGCUCGAGACGCAGUUCGCCACGCCAUGCAUCCACAAGCACCAGCAAUGCAACCAGGAAUGAACCCCAACCGACCAGUUCUAAGCAACCGCACAGCCGGAAACAGACAGCACCCCGCCAACUGAAGAUGCUGAAGGACAUGAUACACCUCCAAAGCACGGUACAUAAUCUGAUUCCAAAGAUGUCUUUUGCGCGCGUGAUUCGGGAGAUCUUGGCCGAGUAUGGCAACCGGUCGCUACGGGUCACUCCGGACAUGUUGCUCUGUUUGCAUGAGGCGUCGGAAAUAUACUUGGUACAGCUGUUCGAGGAUGCGUAUCGCUGUACGCUUCACCGAGACCGGGUAACGCUUCUACCCAAAGACAUGCAAUUAGCUUCCAUGCUUCGGCGCAUUUAAUUUUUGACUGACUGCAGCGAUGUUUUGUGAGUUUUUAUUAUGUGUUGUUUAUAAAUCUGUACGAGUGAUUUGAGUAUUUAGUAAAAUAUUUUUUAGCGAGCUCAAAGCGCUGGACGAUA